GGUCCCGGUCUGCUCUUUCGAUCAGGACCUUUCCCAAUCUUCAAGUCCGGACACUUUCACCCCCUUCCAGUCCGGACACUUUCACCCCCUUCCAGUCCGGACACUUUCACCCCCUUCCAGUCCGGACACUUUCACCCCCUUCCAGUCCGGACACUUUCCCCCCCUUCCAGUCCGGACACUUUCACCCCCUUCCAGUCCGGACACUUUCCCCCUCUUCCAGUCCGGACACUUUCCCCCCUUCCAGUCCGGACACUUUCCCCCCUUCCAGUCCGGACACUUUCACCC